CGGUUUCGAUUAGUACGCGGAGUUGCGGCUGCAAAGCAGGGCACGGAGCUGCGCUGCCCGGAGCCCGGCGGCGAGGCGGCAGGGAGGCGGCGGGGCGGCGGGGCGGCGGCGGCGGAGGCGCAGGCGUGUGGGGUCCGGCCGGCGGCCGUGAGGGGGUGGAGAGGCGAGCCGGAGCGUGGGGCCACGGCCGCCCUGCCCACUGAGUCCGGCCACCGCAACGCCUGCAUCCGCGAGCGCGCCCAGGCCAGCGCGCGAGCGAGUGCGCGCGGGCGGGGGCGCGCAGGCCCUGCCCGCCCCUUCCGCCCCCACCCCCCUCCGCCCCUUCCUCUCGCCACCUUUCUCUCCACUUCUGCGACCCCGCGCCGGGCGCCCACCCUCUCCUCCUGCGGGAGCGCUGUCCGCUGCGGCGGCCGGAGUGGGCCAGGCCGGGGGAUGGCGCUGCUGGACCUGGCCCUGGAGGGAAUGGCCGUCUUCGGGUUCGUCCUCUUCUUGGUGCUGUGGCUGAUGCAUUUCAUGGCCAUCAUCUACACCCGAUUACACCUAAACAAGAAGGCAACAGACAAACAACCAUAUAGCAAGCUCCCAGGGGUGUCUCUUCUGAAACCACUGAAAGGAGUAGAUCCUAACCUAAUCAACAACUUGGAAACAUUCUUUGAAUUGGAUUAUCCCAAGUAUGAAGUACUCCUCUGUGUCCAAGAUCAUGAUGAUCCAGCCAUUGAUGUGUGUAAGAAGCUUCUUGGAAAAUAUCCAAAUGUUGAUGCUAGAUUGUUUAUAGGUGGCAAAAAGGUUGGCAUUAAUCCUAAAAUUAACAAUUUAAUGCCAGGAUAUGAAGUUGCAAAGUAUGAUCUUAUAUGGAUUUGUGAUAGUGGAAUAAGAGUGAUUCCAGACACACUCACGGACAUGGUUAACCAAAUGACAGAGAAAGUAGGCCUGGUUCAUGGGCUGCCAUAUGUAGCAGACAGACAGGGCUUUGCCGCCACACUAGAACAGGUGUAUUUUGGAACCUCUCAUCCAAGGUCCUAUAUCUCUGCCAAUGUCACUGGUUUCAAAUGUGUGACGGGAAUGUCUUGUUUAAUGAGAAAGGAUGUGUUAGAUCAAGCAGGAGGGCUUAUAGCUUUUGCUCAAUACAUUGCUGAAGAUUACUUCAUGGCCAAAGCAAUAGCUGACCGAGGUUGGAGGUUUGCAAUGUCCACUCAAGUUGCAAUGCAAAACUCUGGCUCGUAUUCAAUUUCUCAGUUUCAAUCCAGAAUGAUCAGGUGGACCAAAUUGCGAAUUAACAUGCUUCCUGCAACAAUAAUUUGUGAGCCAAUUUCAGAGUGCUUUGUUGCCAGUUUAAUUAUUGGAUGGGCAGCCCACCAUGUAUUCAGAUGGGAUAUUAUGGUAUUUUUCAUGUGUCAUUGCCUGGCAUGGUUUAUAUUUGACUACAUUCAACUCAGGGGUGUCCAGGGUGGCACACUGUGUUUUUCAAAACUUGAUUAUGCAGUAGCUUGGUUCAUCCGUGAAUCCAUGACAAUAUACAUUUUUUUGUCGGCAUUAUGGGACCCAACGAUAAGCUGGAGAACUGGUCGCUACAGACUACGCUGUGGAGGCACAGCCGAGGAAAUCCUAGAUGUCUAACCACAGCUUUGUGACUGUACAUAGGAAAAAAAGAGGAUUAUAAAUUAUGUUUAUAUAAAUGCUUUUAAAAAAAAUCUACCUUCCGUAGUUUUAUCACAUGUAUGUUUUGGUAUCUGUUCUCUAAUUUAUUUUGCAUGGCACUUGCAUCUGUGAAAAGGAAAGAAAAAAAAAAAACCACAUCUGUAGUCUUGGCCAAAUGGUUAUACUUUAUUUUGUGGAAGUAGAGAAUCAAGAGAAUUGGUUCUAGGAACCUGGGUUCGGUUUUUGUUGUUGUUUGUUUGUUUACUUUUUAAAAAUACAUAAAUAAAUCUAUCUAUAUAUAUAUGAAUGUUCUGCAACAAACACUAUGACAGUAUCCUUCAGUAGAGAAAGUUUCUUAUUGGUGAGUACACUCAUUUAGAAUAUGUAUGGGAUGGCAACAGCUUUGUUUGGGGGACUCGAAAAGACCAGAAGGUGCAAUCCCUUUUCAUGUCUAAAGUGAAAGGUAUUAAUGCAGUGAACUGCCUGCAGUGAGGUACUAACUGAGAAACUUUUUCAUGCUUUAUGCCUACCUCUUGUAUUCGUUGCAGAGGAAAUAUAAACUGUAAUAUGGUAGCUAGGCCUUGCAAAAACAAAUGGAAAAACUUUAAAAAUAAUAAUAACAAAAGAGCUGGAGUCUAGUAUUUAUAUGAAUCUGUGAGAAAUAUUUUUUCGGUCUCACCGCAACGAACCAAAAGUGGUUGAGUUUGGUUUUUAAUUGUAGCCAUGUCUUGAAGGCAUCUUUUUGACCAACUCGUGUUGGUUCUGUCUUGAACCAUUGUUAAUCACUGUGCUGGUAAGUCUUUCCUUCCCUGCUCCUCACCUGACCCAUCCCAUCUUUCCUUAACUUUUUGCAGGGGGUGGGGUGGGGGGGUUUGUUUUAGUGUGAAUGGAUGUUUUGAUAGUUGUGAGGAAAAAUGCAUUUCAGACACAUUUCACACAUGAGCUAUUUUCUUACACGGUCUGUCUUAUUGUUAAAAAGAAUGUAAUUUCAUGAUACAGGUAUUUAAUAUCUUUUUUAAGUAAAUAAAUAUUCUAGCCAUCAAUAAAUAAAUUGCAGUAGAGUAUUAAGAGGGGACAGGAUGAGUUUUACUCUUAAAAUUAAUCAGUAUCCAACUAAGUCUACUGUGUGUUUGUGUGUUUUGUUUUGUUUUGUUUUUUAAUUUACUAUUACUGUUUACUAGUCUUAUUUAAAUUGGAUUUUUGUAUUCCAGUUUGUAUGACAAAAUAGACUAGAGAAGUUCUGGUUGUAAAUGCAUGCUGUAUUUCACUCUUCUCUCCCCAUCAUGCCGCUAAACUUGCUUGUCAGGUUGUGCUUAACUUGUGGUGAGCUGGACUUGUUUUUGUUUAAAAGAAAAAAAAAGAAUAGGCAGAAAUGUAAGGGACAGUGCAUAAGCCUUUCAUUUUUUUUUUUUUUUUUUGUAGUGGACGUUUUGCUCUUUCUUCAGGAUUGGAUGGCAUGUUGUCCAUAUGAAUGCCUGCUGCAGGGCUGACACUGGCAAUAUGGCAGCUUCAAACUCUUAAGUUACUGCAAUUUCCAUGUCAAAGCAUAAUGUGUCACAUAUUAGCAAUAACUGCAUAUUUAUAAAAAACACUUUUUCACUGAGCCAAUUUCAUUUAAUUGUCUAAUGAGUAUAUACAUGGUUUAAAUUGCAGUAUAUCUGUAAAUGUGUGUAUACUGAGUAUAUACAGUAUAUACAAGCUUUCUCUGGGCCAAACUGCUUCAUUCAGUUUUUUCAUUUUUUUGUUUUGUUUUGUUUUUUUGCCUUAUGAUGAAUUUGUUUGAAGGGCAUUUUCUUCAUGAACAAAGGCUUUGAUGCAUAUUCCUUUCUACGUGAAAUGGGGGUAGUAUUGUUCCCUGAGGAAAGUUGCAUAGCGAAAACCAGUCUAGUUGUGACCCACUCUGUUUAUUUUUUUAAGUCAGUAUCAUGCAAGCUGAAUUUUGCUGACCGUGUUUGUAAUUUGUUUGUUUGUUUAACGAAGUUUGGUUGAUGCCAUCCUUUGCACUGCUGAAGUGAAAUCUUGCUUAUUCCUUAGCUUUUUGCUGAUCUCGGUAUGGGCAGUGUAACAACAAAACCCAAAUGGCUGGACAGACUUCUUGUGUUUGUAAAUAUAAAAAAUGACUCUUCUGUAUAUGUGUGUUUUUAAUGUGGUAGUGGAGUAUUUCCUUCCAGUGAAGCUUCACUUAAGCAGACAGAGUGAUUCUUUGUUUAGCAAGUUUAGAGCGAUGAUAAAAUGGCAAGAAAUAAUAUCAAAUGUUAUUAUAAUGAUGAAGAAAGCAUCACAGCAGAACUGUAGGAGUCCAAAUUUAAUAAACCGUCUAAAAAAAGAACACCAAGUGUCUAGAAUAUACCUUGUUUAUUAUUUAAAAUCAUUGUCUUAAGUUUUUUGUUCAAAAAAUAAAAAUUUGAAUACAA